AUGUCUCAGCCCAACGCGCCGGCUCGGCCGGCUGCUCCGCAGGAGGAAGGCGGUAUGAGCAUGACGCAGAAGUUGCUGCUCGGCGCCAGUGUGUACUUCGGCAUGAACAUGCUCAUGAACAACGUGUUCCAGAAGAAUCAGUCGGGCACUCAGGUCAAGGACGCCGACGGUAACGUCGUCAGCGUUCCCGCCAACACCGAAGACAUCCCCCCGUACCUCUUUCGCCCCAAGGAGUUGAACGAGGGUGCCACCUUUAGCCAGAUCCCCCACAAGCUGGCCCCGAUCUGGCCCAUGGAUAGCUACGUCGACAUUAUCGUCACUGUUUCCGACAAUGUCGUUCCCACCCCGCUGUCGCAGACGCUUCAGGAGAAGCUGGUAUUGAAGGAGGAGAAGUUCAAGCUUGGAAACUACAGCGAGAAGCGCUCCGUGGAUACCACCAUCAAGAUCCCCCCUUCUGUUCAGAACAACGGUACACUGUGGGGUCACUUCUACGUGUCGCUCCCCGGAGCACAGCCCGACCCUCACGCUGAUACCUUCGAUCCCGCUUCGGCCUACUACUUUGCGUUCCCUCUCACCCAGUACAUCCCCAAGAAGAAGCAGUUCAAGACAAGAUCGCUUUUGGACAAGGCCGAGGAGGAACCUGAGCCGGUUGUCGAGGAGCAAGAUACUGGUCCCAUUAUUGCCAGCUACUACCACCCCAAUGCCAGUCUGUCCAUGAUUCCGAACACCGGGGUCCUGGAGUACCGUCAAACCCACCCCGCCAUCCGCCAGUUCCUGCAACUCGAGCCGACGGGCGCGAGAGAUGGUUCUGGCAAGCACUCUUGGUACUACCCCAUUCUGUUCGUCAACACCUUCUGGCAGCUCAAGAGCCAGAUGAUGCUGCUGAACGAUACGGUCACUGAGGUUCCUCUUCAUAUUGACUUGAACAACCUGCGUUCAUGGCAAUUCAACACCCUUGCUGCUAUCGAGGCGAGUGCAAAGGAGUCUGCUCGUCAGGCUGCCUACGGCAACUCUCUGCCUGGCGGCGGUGACGGCUCCGAGAUCGAGAUGGUCAAGGAGAUCUUCAUUGACACCAACCCCAUCCUCCUCGGCAUUACAGUCGUUGUCAGCAUUGCGCACAUCAUCUUGGAGACGCUCGCCUUCGGAUCCGACAUCGCUCACUACCGCAAGAAGAAGGACAACGUUGGUAUCUCCGUUCGCUCCAUCCUGGCCAACGUUUUCAUGCAGGCCGUUAUCUUGCUCUACCUCAUCGACAACUCGACGAACACUAGCUGGAUGAUUCUUGGUUCUCAGGCCGUCGGAAUCGUCAUUGAGCUCUGGAAGAUCACCACGGUCGUCAAUGUGGCCAUCAAACCUGCUCCGCCCGGGUCAUGGCUGCCAUUCUCCGUUGUCUUCGAGGACAAGCACAAGCUUAGCGAAACCGAGGAGAAGACCAAGGAAUACGACGAGAUCGCCUUCAAGUACAUGUACAUUGCAGGAGUUCCUAUCCUUCUCGGAUACGCCGGUUACUCUUUGGUGUAUGAGACGCACAAGUCGUGGUACUCGUACGUCCUCGCGGUCCUCGUCUCGUCUGUCUACGGCGCCGGCUUCCUCAUGAUGGUUCCCUCUCUGUACAUCAACUACAGACUCAAGAGUGUUGCACACAUGCCGGCCAAGGCGAUGAUGUACAAGUUCCUCAACACCUUCAUCGACGACCUGUUCGCGUUCACCAUCAAGAUGCCUUUCCUGCACCGUCUGUCGACUUUCCGUGACGACAUCAUCUUCUUUAUUUACCUUUACCAGCGCUAUGCGUACAAGACCGAUUACACCCGUGUCAACGAGUUUGGCCAGGGCGGUGAGGACGAGGAGGAGACGGACAAGGAGAAGGCCAAGGCGAAGGAGUUGCUGGAGAGUGACCCCACGGUGGAGAAGGUGAAGGAGAUUGCUGGCAAGGCCACUGGCGCCGACACUGGCAAGGCGAAGAAGAGGAAGUAG